AUGCGACUGCGAGCCCUGACAACGCCGAUCACCAAGGCGCGUAUCGUCCUCCUGGGUUCGAAAUUCGUCGGCAAGACCACGAUCUCCGACUGGUUUGUGCAGAAACGAAAGGCGACUGAGCUGCAGUCAGUGAAAGGUCAGCAACACGUUAUCAUGUCACCGGACUUCACCGUGGAUCUCAUAGACACCGACGAGACUGCGCUUCCAGCGCUUAUCAAGAUGAACUUCCGGCGCGCCGACGCAUUUGUCCUCGUCUACGCCGUUGACGACUUCUACUCGUUCGAAUAUAUCCGCUGUAUGCGCGACGCCAUAGUGAAAAUGCGUACCGCCGAUGUUCCGAUAGUCGUCGUCGGUAAUAAGAUGGACAUCCCGAACGUGAGGUACAUCCGGUUGUCGCCGACUGCUUGGUCACCGUAG